AUGGUGACCGCAAAGAUUUUCGGCUUGUUCUAUGUUCUAUUUGCAACUGCAAUAGCUCUAAAAGCAAAUUAUGGUUAUAUUGGUCCAGCUUGCGCAGUGGCUGAUGGACAGCUUUACAUUCAUGGAGAACCCCAACGUGAUUUGAGUGCGAGUGAGCAGGAAGCGUUUCGACUCUAUCAAAGAGAUCUUAGCAUUUACUUGGAACUAAAAAAGAAAUUUCGUAUCUUGGAGCCGCCAAAAAUGCCGGCUUUUUGCGGCCAACUUACAGACGCCGCGGAACUGGUUUUGGAUGGUUGCAUAGUUCGGGAAGGUAAGGUAUACAUGAACAGCAACUUGGUACGGCUAUUGACAGGAGAUGAAGAGGAGAAAAUCGACAAUAUAAUGAACUCGUGGAGCACGAGAAUGCGAAAAAUGAAGGAUAGCCCCGGGCCGGGACUCUCACCUUUGCGGGACAUUUCCAUGUUUUUGGAUCGCAUUUUGAAGGUCAGCCCAGCUGUGACGAAAAGGUUUGAUCCAUGGUUCGAACAAUCCCCACUCAUUUCUGGUAAAGCAGCGCAUCCAGGAUACGACAUAACUACUAACCAAACAAGCAUAGAGACUACUACAACCGGUAUGCCGCAAAAAACAUUGAAGCCCAGCGGUUUGGUAAGAAGACGUUCCAAAAAUCGCUGGGAUGCAAAGUUUAUAAGAAGCGCUCCACCAAUUUCGACGCCUAUAUUUUCACGAAAAGAAAAUAUUCCAAAAUCUUUUGAGCUCACAAAAGGAGCUCCACCAAUUUCGCCCAUACUUCCACAAGAACAAGAUUUUCCAAAAUCUGAAAUACCAAGCCCAUCUCCGGAGCGGAUAAAAUCCACCGGACAAACGUUACUGCAACUUCUGACGAAAACUCUCACCGAUCCCGAGUUGAUGAGGACUCUACGAGAGCUGGAGCAAAUUCCAGCCGCUUCUCUUGCCAGACCUCGGAUUUCGUCAGCAGUGAAUAACUACUAUGACAAAGACGGUUCUACUACACAGGAACCAGAAUUUCUCCCAAAUCCGAUGAUACAAUGGUUUGCAAAAACUACGAAAGGGCCGGAGCGAAAUCCUGAGCCAACUGUGUUACCGAAUGAGAUCUGUACAGCACAUAUGAAACCACCAUCAGCUGAAAGUAAACGAAGAAGAACUUUGCCCUUUUAG